AGAGCGAGAUCACAUGCUGACACUGGCCAGACCUGCAGCAGCACACCAUGGAGCACACGUCCAAGGAGGGGAUGCUCUACUUACAAGGGAUCAAGUUUGGCAAGAAAGUCUGGAAGAGGACCUGGCUGAUGCUGUAUCCUGCAAGCUCUUACGGGAUUGGCCGCGUUGAGCUGUUGGACGUGCGGGAUGGGGCAGGCGGGGGCGCCCCUGCACCCAACAAGCAGGGGGUGAAGAAGAACGACAAGAAGCUAAUCCGCCUGACCGACUGCAUCAGCGUGACCCCUGCCCCCGGAGAGACCUGCCCCAAGGACUGCGCUGCCUUCUACCUCAACACCACCCAGCGCACGUACGCACUGGCAUCCGAGAACGCGCAGGACUGGGUGGGCAAGCUGUGCGAGCUGGCAUUCCAGAGUAAUGAUUACCAGAAACCAUUGUCAAGAUCGUCAAGUACAGAGGUAUCCAUGGAGGAAAACGAGCUGUACUCGUCUUGGAAAGCAGCUCAGGAGUUCCAGGUGACUGUUCAGGUCACUGAAGCGUCACUCAGGUGUGAUCUGUAUGGAGAUUACAUUCUAGCGGCUGGCAAGGAGGACAUCACCCUGCUGGAGCCCCGAAGCAAACAGGUCCUCUACAACUGGCCCUAUCGACUGCUGAGACGCUUCGGCCAGGACAAGACAGCAUUCACGUUUGAGGCGGGCCGACGGUGCAAGUCAGGGGAAGGGUAUUUCAUGUUCCUCUCCAAAAACGUGCCGGAGAUCUUCAGAGCCAUGGAGCAGGGCAUUGGGCAGGAGAGCAAGAGGAGGAGUGCCUCUGAGCAGGAUCAUGAAACUACUCCCCAACACACAGCAGAGCACUGCCUCCCCGCCCAGGAACCCAACAAUCCCAGGGCAUCUCUGGCCCUCAAUCAGGGGGGCAAAGUAAUGAAAGAACAAACUCCAGAGCUCCCUCAGAGGAAGUCUAUGAACAUCAACAAACCAGCAAGGAACGCCUUACUCAAAGACAGAACCAAGAUGAACCAAGCAGGGGAGUCUGGGACAAUGUCUGCUACUGAGCCUCUCAACACAGUCUAUGCCACCAUACAGGAUAUUCAGUUGCAUUCUGCAGAACCAAGCCAAAGCCCCAUAAACUCAGACCAGAUGAGAAGCUCGACAUGUAACCACGACUCUCUCUUAGGCGCUUUCCAAAAUGUGGAGAGUGAGGAAGGCAGGUCUGUUCAACUUCCCCCUGAAGAUUUGCACCACUAUGCCCAGGUCAAACCCACGACUGAAGAGCACCUGUCCGAUUUCCCUCUCUAUGACAAUAUGGACUUUGAGAAACCCUGGUCUGGUCACAGACUGGAGCACCUCGAUGUGGAGUCUGAAGAGGACUCUCCCAGCCCCCAGGACUUCUACUCUCUGCUGAAAUCAGAGGAUCAUGGGGAGAAGAGCAGGAAGAAGCAGGAAGAGAAGAUCGUCUGUCCCACCAGCCCCAGGUCAUGCAUCGUCACGGAGACAAAGAUCUCCGACUGCUUCAAGCAGAGGCUCACUAACCUCUUCUCCAAGGAGAUGCCCAAGUUCACGCCCCCCGCACUUGUACCCAAAGACUUCGACAGCGCAGACAGACUGAACUUUUAAUGUAUAAUGUGAACAGGUCUGUGUCUGUGUGUGUGUGUGUGUGUGUGUGUGUGCAGGACAGUGAACUCUUCUUGCUCUGAAUGUGAGAUAGAGGAAUGACUAAUGAAUAAAAUAAUUUUGGACAGACAUCACAAUAUAAAACAAAUUCCAAUGAAUCACAAAAGCCAAAUCAGAUGAAAAAAAAAAAGCCAAAAUAUUUAAAACCCUUACUAGCCCAAGUAAAGCCAUAAUUGUCAAUUAAAGCUUAAGUACCAGAGAAGUUUAAACGAGCCAAAUCUGAUUAAUUCGAGUUUAUCUUAAAUCCAGAUAGAUCAGCAUUUUUACUGAUUAGUCAAUGGGGGGGUUAUUGACCUGGACAGUGAACUCUUAAGGUGAAAACUAAAUAAAUGGCACUAAAUAAAAUAAGGCCUCUAGAGACAACCUGCAGGUUCUGUAUAGAACGCCUGUGGGUUUUGUUAAUUUAUGAAAGAGCCAAUUCAUGUACUGGUGUAACGUUUGCUGCAUGGAUAUUCUCUAUUAAGCCAUAAAAU